CGCGGCGCUCCGUCCGCCGUCCCUGCCCCGCGCACCUGAUCCCAAGAUGGCGGCGCCCAGCGGAAGAAGGAAUGGCGGCGGCGGCGGGAGCUUGUGGGCCGCGCUGCUCUUGGCGGCUGUUGCCCUGAGGCCGGCGGAGACGGUGUCCGAGCCCACGACGGUGGCCUUUGACGUGCGGCCCGGCGGCGUAGUUCAUUCUUUCUCCCAGAACGUGGGCCCUGGGAACAAAUAUACUUGUGUGUUCACCUAUGCAUCCCAAGGAGGGACGAAUGAGAAGUGGCAGAUGAGUUUGGGGACCAGUGAAGACCACCAGCACUUCACCUGCACCAUCUGGAGGCCCCAGGGCAAGUCCUACCUGUACUUCACGCAAUUCAAGGCAGAGGUGCGGGGCGCCGAGAUCGAAUAUGGCAUGGCCUACUCGAAAGCCGCUUUUGAAAGAGAGAGCGAAGUGCCCCUGAAAAGUGAGGAAUUUGAAGUGACCAAAACAGCAGUGUCCCACAGGCCUGGGGCCUUCAAGGCUGAGCUGUCCAAGCUGGUGAUCGUGGCCAAGGUGACACGCAGUGAGCUGUGACCAGGAGCCCCACUGAGGGCGGUUCUUCCUCAUCUCCACUGAAGGAGCCAGGCCCCAAGAGGGCCCAGUACUGGUUUUGGGGGGAGGGGGCUGUUGGUUUUCUGCCCUGGCUGAUGAUGCCCUGUCUGGAGGGGUUCACUGGGUGGCUGAGGGCCUGGAGCGGAGUCUGGGGGGCCAGGACCACGGUGGUGCUGAACCUCUCCCCUGGCUCCCACUUUCCCCGCCCCCACUGCUCCUCUUAGCAGAAGAGGCAUCAAGGCACAAGGUGGGGCAGACAGGAGUCACGGCUUUUCUAAAACCAGAGGCAUCUCCCCUGGGAUCAGGCCAGAACCCUGGAUGCUCCAGGGAGAGUCAUCCUGCUGCCCUCUGACCCCCAAGCCGAGCAUUAUCUUUUAAUUCCCCAGGGGACCAUCUUUCAGACUAACUGGGAAGAAAUGAAAUGUUUUCAUAUUUAAAUAAAUAAAACAAUUAAACAGAGA